UUAGAACGUAUUCCCCAAACGUUUUCUGAACAUGUAACGCUUCUCUAUGAUAAUUUUCAUGAAGUUACCAAUGAAAUUAAGAAACAUAUUCCACUCAUUGAUAAAAGAUAUCGUGAUAUUGUCAUUAAAAAUAAAGAAUUUUUUGAUUCUCUUAUCGAUUUUACUAGAGAAUACUAUCAUGGGUAUAUGGAAUAUUUAUUACGGAUCGCUUUGCAAAUAUACUCUGAUGAUUUUGUAAAGUUAAAAGAAUGUUAUCAUAUGAUGGUCUCUAACAAGAUAAGCAUGGCCACGCCUACAUGUGCAAACUCUUCCAUGGAAAACAAUCCACUUGCUAGUUGUUUUAUUGCAAGAAUAAAAGGAGAUUCGAUUGAAGGAAUAUAUGAAAGUUUAAAAGAUAUCGCCCUGAUAUCAAAGAAUUGUGGUGGAAUUGGAAUCGACGUUAGUGACAUCCGUGUAAAUGGUGAUUAUAUUAAAGGAUCUAGUGGAUAUUCAUCCGGUGUAUGUAGAAUGCUUCGUGUUUAUAAUGAAACAGCCAAGUACGUUGACCAGGGAGGUAACAAACGCAAGGGAGCGAUUAUGGUAAACUUAGCGAUUUGGCACCGUGAUGUAGAGGAGUUUUUACGAAUCCGCUAUGAGUCACAGGUACCAGAGUUACGUACAACAGAUCUGAAUCACUGUAUUGCCAUUCCAGAUAUAUUUAUGGUACGCGUUCAAGAUGAUGAUUAUUGGACCACCUUUUCACCUAUGGAUGCGAAGAUAUUACUAGGAUAUGAUCUAAAUGGAUUAUAUGGUCAGAAAUUCAAUGAUGCAUAUAUUCGUUGUGAG